CGCAGGAGCGCAGGUAUAUAGUUAUUUAGUAUUUACUUUUUACUUUUACUAUUAUAUAUGAGAAAUUUCCAGAAAUGUAAGAAAUACUGGAAAUAUAAUUUUUAAAGAAACUUAAUACAAAAUAGACUAAAAUGGACUUUGAUAGUCCAGAUGUUAUGAAAGAUUUUCCAGGGUUAUAUGCAUCGGAGCACAAUAAAAAAUGCAGCAAUGAGAGUGACUAUAGUGAUGAUGUCGAGAAAGGAGCGAAAAAAGAUAUUUUGAUAGGUAAACGUAAAGAUAAAAAGGACAAAAAAGAUAAAGAGAGAGGUUAUGCAGCUUUAGGAGGAGAGAGUUCAGAUGAUGGAAGCAAGUCCCGGAGUCCAUCAAAAUCGAAAAAGACCAAGUCAUUUAAAUUUACUUCCAAGUCAAAAGAGAAAAGGGAAAAAUCAAGAGACAAAGAGAGUUCUGAUAAAAAAGACAAGGAAAAGAAAGCAGAUAAGAAAUGUGAAAAGGACAAAGGGAAGAAAACGAAAAGUUCUGUUGAAGAAACAAUUGUCAUAGCUGAUGCUCUGCCAAUAUUUGGGGUGAGUUUAGAUAUUGCCAUUGAACGAAGUAGGUGCCAUGAUGGAGUUGAUUUGCCAUUACCAAUCAGAGACUGUAUCGAUUUUGUAGAAUCCAUCGGAGUACUUUUUGAAGGUGUUUAUAAGAUUAGUGGAACAAAAGCAAAAGUUACACAAAUUAAGAAAAUGUACAAUCAGAGGGAAAAUGUUAGAUUAAGUGAUUACGAUGUGCCAACUGCUACUAGUCUAUUAAAAAUGUUUUUAAGGGAUCUUCCAGAACCCAUAUUCACAAAUGAUUUACUAAUACGCUUUGAGGAAGCUGGUGCCAUAUUGAAUUUAAAUACUAGGGAAAAACAUUUGAAAAUAUUAGUAGAGAAUUUGCCCUCACAGAACAAGCUGUUAUUGUCAUGGUUGAUAGUUCAUUUACACAACGUUUCUUUAAAUGAAAAGCAAAACAAAAUGAGUAAGCAAAAUAUUGCAUCUGCACUCAAUCAUACCUUUCACGUAUCAUCGAGAUUACUUCAAGCCUUACUUCAUCACUCUCAAGCAUUGUUUCCAAAUGUUGUUAUUUUUAAAUAUAUUCCUCCUGUAUGCAAUAUUGUGCAGAUACCUGAAAGAGCUCAGCAGCUAGAAAUAGAACUGAAAAAACAAGAAUCUCUGCUAUCUCAAAUACAUAAAGAGAUGAAUGUUGGGUGUAUAUCCAAAGAAAGAGAGGAAAAGCUGUGGGAAGUACAAAGAAUCAUUACACAAUUAAAGAGAAAGAUGAAGACAGUGAGAAGAAUAAAAAGCAGUACAGAAAAAUGUGAUGAAGAUAAUGGUUUGGAAGAUAAAAAAACUGAGAAGGAAUUAGAUGCGGUGCCUGUAAACGAACCGACUGAAUCAACAGUAGCUCACUCGGAUACUUCUUCAAUAAAAUCCCAAACUGCUUUAUCCCUGGUUGAAUCAGAAGCAAGUGUGGAGUUAGCUAAACCUGAGCAAAAACAACCAGAAGAAACUGAGACUGGCGGGGAAGAUACAGCUGUUGAAAAAAAUGAUUUUUUGUUUGAUGAUGAUAUUGUAUUGCUUACUUAUAAGCGAAAUGGUCUCAUUCAGUUAAAGGAACAAUUGAUGAAGGACAUACAACAAGAAAAAAAUGAAAUUGAAUCUUCGAAGGCAAAACUCGAGGCUGGUGCAAAUAAAGGCAAUGUUUCUAAAAUAGUUAUACCAAAACAAGACAGCUUAGAUCAAAUAAUGAUACUUCUGCAAAACGAAAACAAAAUUUUACAAAUAAAGAAGAUCAAUCUUGUUCGGAAAAUUAUUGAGCAAAAAGAAUUGUGCAUAGAAUUGAGUGCACAGUUGAAGUUAGCUGAAAGUGGUAAAUAUUCGAAUGUGUAGAGUGUACUUAAGAUCAUGAUCUUUCAUUUUUCACACAUACACUGAUGAAAAAAACAUGUGCCUAAUGCUUUGUUUUUGUACAAAUUUAAUACUAUCACUCUAUUCUGUCAUAUUUGUAUGUAAUUUUUUUUGUUGGUUAUCAGUCAAUUAUAAGUUUUCAUUAAUUAAUUGAACUAAGGGCUUAAAUUGUUGUUUAUUGGUGCCAUCAUGUACUGUUUAGAGUUGAAUUAUUAAGAAAAAACAUAUUUUUACCAAAGAAUAUACAGGGUGUCCCCGAAAAUAGUGCGUUCCUUAAAGGUAUAGGUAGAAGGCACCAUGUAGAGCAAAAAAGUCUUAUAACAUUUUUUUCUAAAUGCAACCGUUUGGCUAAAAAACCAAAAUACAUUUUGGUAUGCAAAUUGAAAUCUGACAACUAUGUAUACAAAAAUCUAAACAUAGACAAUCACAAUUCAAAAAUAGUUGCAGCAUUUUAGCCAUAAGUAUUUACAUUCAACCCUGUCUUCAUCCUAAACAAACAAAUAAAUUCUUGUUUUGUUGGAUUUUCAAACAUGGGGUGGUACAGUUGCGGUCAUUAAAUAGUUUACAGGAUUACGUAUCUAGGAGCCGAUUUUUUAAAUUUUUACCCCGUGUAAACGCACCUUUUACGUCAAAGUGACGUUACCAGUGGUGUACCCAGAAUAGGUUGAUUAAAAUUAAAAAAUCAAAAUAUAAAUAAUAUAUUUUACAAAAUUUAACAAAAUGAAAAGUAUAGAAAAAGUAUUUUUGAAUAAACUUGAUUAUGAUAUUAAUAACGAAAAUAAGGAAGUCUGGUUUUAAAAUACCCUUUUAUUUUAAAUAUGUUUUAUAAUAAAUAUUGAUAAACACAUCUUUGUUUGAUUUUCCAUAUGCACAUAUGGCUCACGUUUAAAUCUGCAGCAACUUGCCUUAGUGACCAACCUUCUUCGAGUUUGGCAACUGCUCUUGCUUUUUGCGCAUCACUCAAAUGCAUUCGAAUCAUUUUGGAGGAGUUUGAUAUCGUUUUAUGUUAUUUUUCAACAUUUCUGAAAUUUUUGACAAGCAUUGACUUUUUCAAAUUUUUUGACUUUCGACAUUUAUCAAAUCCGUACGACACUGCUAUUUUUGCAGUAUUACAAUAUAAAAAUUAAAGUGUAAACUAUUCAGUGACCGUAACUGUACAAUUAUUUUGCAGGUGUACCUGUCUGACCUACAUUUGUGGUGUCAAUAAACUAAAUCACAAACAGUUCUUGUAAAGUGAUGCCAAAUUAGUUAAUUUUAUGAAAAUAACAGUUCGCUUAUAUGGAGAACAAUGUAAUUUUUUUUUGAAACGAUUAACUUUAGAAAAAAAUAUUAUAGGACUUUUUUGUUCUACAUUGUGUAUUAUAUCCAUACCUUAAAGCAGCGGUUCCCAACCUUUUUUCACUGCCGUACCCCUUGAGAUAAAUGUAUUUCAAAUUGUACCCCCAAGAAAAAAAAGUUGCAAGAACAUUAAUCAUGGAAAGUAAAUAUUUACGCAAGAGUUUUUUUUUAUCUUUUAUUUGACAAUAAAGUUAUUGUUCCAAAAUUAGGCCUAUAUAUAUUUCUAGUAAACUUAGUAAAUUCUAAAUACCAACUGUAAAAAAUAAUAACAAAGUAAAUACAAUAUUUCUUAUCACAAAAACAUACUAGAAUUAGCAAAUAAGUUUAUUGAAAAAAAAAAUCAAAAUUAUUCUUAAAACAAGUCAAAACUGUUUUAGUGUGACCCUUGGGCCUGUUUUGUUGCACAUAAUAUUUUGAAAUCAAUAUCAAAGGUUGAUAACUACACUCUUAAAUCAGGACUUGCAUUUAGCUUAUUCCUAUACUUAUUCUUAAUGAAAUCAUAGGAAGAGAACGAUCUCUCAACUAGUUCUGUGUUUGUAAAAGGAAGUAAAACCAGAAGGGCUUUUGUGGCUAAGGGUCCAUAUUCAUCCCUAAUGCUCACCCAGAAUUGUCCAAGGGGUUUCUUCUUGAACUCGGAUUUCAAGGAGGAGUCACUUAAAAGUUCUAGGAGCUUUUCCAUCUCAUGAACGGUCAAUGUAGCAGUCUUGACGUUUUCUUCAUUGAAAGGAUCUGCAAUCCAGUUCUCUCCGUCACCUCGUUUAGGAAAAUACUUUCUAAAAGAGUCCUUCAAGUUUGUCAAAUGUGUCACUAUUUGAUGUUUCACUUUGUCAGAUAUGGGCAGAUUAUUGUCACUCAAGAAAUCAUGAAGCGUGCCAAAAACUUCAGCUUGAUUGUUUUGAAUACAGGUUUUCCAAAAAUCAAUUUUCUUCAGCAUGGAUUCAAUUUUGUCAGCAACUUUGAAUACUGUAAUUGAGCUGUUCUGUAACUCUAAGUUGAGUUUAUUGGUCUGAGAAAAAAUGUCAGCUAAAUAAGCAAGCUUUUGAAGCCAGUCACUAUCAUGAAACUUGGAGGCUAAAUAAAAAGGAUGCUCUUCAAAAAUACUUGCAGUUCAUGUCUGAGCUCAAAAAGUCUUGUAAGAACCUUCCCGCGAGAUAGCCACCUUACUUCCUUGUGCAAAAGCAACGUGGAGUGAAUGCCACCCAUACCUUCACAAAGCACUUUGAACAGUCUGGAGUUUGUUGCAUUGGCUUUAACAAAGUUGACUACUUUAACUGCUUCAUUGAGAACAUCAUUCAAAGAAGACGGCAACUUUUUGGCUGCAAGACUCUGUCUGUGGAUGCAACAAUGGCUCCAUGCUACGUGUGGGGCCACUUCUUUUACGCGCCCUUGAAGACCGAUAUAUAUGCCAGACAUUGAUUUUCCUCCGUCAGUGCAUAUACCACACAAUUUACCCCAGUCUAUUUCUUUUUCACAGAAGUAGCUAUAAAUCACAUUGAACACAUCUUCCCCUGUAGUACGCUCAGUUAAUGCAUGGCACAGCAACAGAUUUUCUUCAAACUCCUUGUUGGGAUUUACAUACCUUGCAUUAACAAGUAAGAUUGUUAGGGCAGUUGUCCGUACAGUAUUGUCCGUACUUUCGUCAACUUGGAUGGAAAAAAAAUCACUGUCUUUUAAUUGCUGAACAACUUUUUCUUCAAUGUACUUAGAAAUGUCUUGAAUUCGCCGUGAAACUGUUAUGUGUUGUUUGACAGCGGGAUGGAGUUCACCUUACGAACAAAGUCCUGACCAAACAUACACUGAACAGCAUCUUUUAUACAAGGGGCUAUCAAAUCCUCACCUAUUGUGUGGUUUUUACCGCUUUUUGCAAUAUGGUAGCUAAUUUUGAAAGAGGUUUCCACAGCAUUUUCAUUAUCUCUAUUAACUGAUGCGAAAUAAGAAGAAACCACGCCAUCUUUCCCAUAAUUUUUUGAAAGUCGUUCAAAAUAGGUAAUUUCUUUAUUUUUGUGCUGGGCGUCUUUGGAUUCAAGGUGGCGCAAAAGUAAGGAAGGUUUCAUGCUACCAUUACCUAAAACUUCUCCACAAACAACACAUAGUGGGUUUUUACUUUCCUCCUCUCCAGUAAACAAAAAGCCAUAUUUCAAGUACUCAUUUGAAUAUUUUCGUUUCUUUGAGGAAGUUCCAGUACUAGUACUAGAUUUCUGAGGUUUACUAUCACUGGUACUCACAUAAGAAGAAUGUUCUGCUGCUGAGUCCCGGGACGUACUAGGCUUUCUAAGCACCUGACUUGCCGGAUCAGUCUGAUUUGUUUUAAGCGAUCCAGUUUUUAACCACUUUUCCAUCUUCUUGAUUACAGUUAAAUCGUUUACAAAUCAGUCAAAAACUAACACGCACAAUAAGCAAGUAAAAAGUAAACUGAACAUAAAAUCACGUAAUGAUUUAUCACGUAACUUACGACAAACACAUAAAGUCCGCCAUUACCAAAUAUUUUCGGCGUACCCCCAACCAGGUCGUUGCGUACCCCUAGGGGUACGCGUACCCCAGGUUGGGAACCGCUGCCUUAAAGGAACGCACUAUUUUCGGGGACACCCUGUAUACUCUCCUAGAAGAAGCUUUUAUAUGGAACAUAUGGUCACGUUUAUUCGUCACUUCAAAGCAGGCUUGUUGACGAGGGAUGUUGCGGCCGCGAUGCGGGCGGUGGUGAGUUCGCGUAAGCUCCGUAGUCAUCUAGACUAAGAGCCGCUAUAGGUGAAAAUUCUUAAUCAUUUUAGGCACGACGAAACCCUAUAACUUAAAUAGUAGAACCUAAAAGAAAACGUUUGAACACUGUGCCGUCACUUUUCAGUGGCACAUGCGUCUACAGUGGCGCAUCAAACUUUCCACUUAUGGACGGGAUACAUAAAUUAAAAAAUACCCUCCCUAAUUACCAGAAUUUAAUUUUUUUCAUUUUUUUAAGUUUUAUGUGAUUAAGACAUAAGAUUCAUCGUAAUUUUAACCCAGCACCCCCUUCUCCCUGCCCCCACCAUCAAAAACUUUAUAUUUCGAUUUUAUUUUUUUUUUGGUGGGAUGCAAUCAAUUUUAAAAUUUCAAAAAAUUUACACGCAUAGCUAAGGGUUUUAUAAAACACAUCUAUUUUUUAUAGACCUGUAGGUUGAGUGUACAUAACCUCAAAAAAAUUUUAAAUUUUUUUUUUUGAAAAAAAGUAUAGAACUUUUUUUUGGGGAUAGCUGCAGAUCUAAUUUUUUCUUAGUCUUGUGUAUUUUAUCAAACACUAUAUUUCUGAUUUUUUUCAGAUUUUUCUGUAACGUUGGUCACCUUCAAAAAUCCAAAAAACUGUUUUUUAAUGGGGUUUUGGGGGGUUUGAACGUGUUUUUCUGAUUUUUAAAUAUUCUAAAGAACUCAGUUACUUCAAGUUACAUAUAACCUAUAAAAACAAAAUUGAUUUGAUAUAUUAAGUCUAUAAAAUAGGGAAAAUCCCCCAAAACCCCCCAAAAAACAGUUUUUCGGAUUUUUGAAGGUGGGGAGACUUACAGAAAAAUCUGAAAAAAAUUUAAAAUAUAGUGUUUGAUAAAACACACAAGAUUAAGAAAAAAUUAGACCGGCAGCUAUUCCUCAAAAAAAGUUAUACGCUUUUUUGAAAAAAAAAAUUUCUUUUAAUUUUUUGAGGUUAUGUACACUCUACCUAUGGGUCUAUAAAAAAUAGGCAUGUUUUAUAAAAGCCUCAACUAUGCGUGUGAAUUUUUUGAAAUUUUAAAAUUGAUUGUAUCCCACCAAAAAAAAAAUAAAAACGAAAAAUGAAGUUUUUGAUGGUGGGGCAGGGGGAAUGGGGUGGUGGGUUAAAAUCACGAUGAAUCCUAUGUGUUAAUCACAUAGAACUUAAAAAAAUAAAAAAAAUUUAAUUCUGUUAGUAAGUUCUGUUAACUUUUAAUUUAUUUAUCCCGUCCAUAAGUGGAAAGUUUGAUGCGCCACUGUCGACGCAUGUGCCACUGAAAAGUGACGGCACAGUGUUCAAACGUUUUCUUUUAGGUUCUACUAUUUAAGUUAUAGGGUCCCAUCGUGCCUAAAAUGAUUAAGAAAUUUCACCUAUAGCGGCUCUUAGUCUAGUCAGGUUUAUGCACCUACUCAGUGGGAACACAAAAUCCUAUGCUAAAACGUUACAGGGCACUACCCUUCUACUCACGUCUAUAUUCUUUGUUUUUUACUAUUGAUAUGUUUCUUAUACAGGGUGUCCCCGAAAAUAGUGCGUUCCUUUAAGAUAUGGAUAUAAUACACAAUUUAGAACAAAAAAGUCCUAUAACAUUUUUUUCUAAAGUUAACCGUUUCCAAGAAAAAAAUUACAUUGUUCUCCAUAUAAGUGAAUUUUUAUUUUCAUAAAUUUGAAUGACAUGGCAACGUAGCCUAGAAGAACUUGCUGUGACUGUGGAAAUUUAACUUAAUAACCCCUUGUUUAUUUACUUUUAGGUGUGAUUUUUUGGGGUUGUUGACAUCGUAGGUACCUACCUGCAAAAUAAUGGAUAUGGGUUUUGUUGAUAUUUACAUUAUUUUACCUACCAGAUGCAACUGACCUACAAACCUACUUUUUUAAUCUUCAGAUUUUUGAGUAGCGCGUUGUUGCCAGACUUCAAUUUGCAUAUCAAAAUGUAUUUUCGUUUUUUGGUCAACUGGAUCAAUUUAAAAAAAAAUGUUAUAAGACUUUUUGUUCUACAUGGUGCCUUCUACCUAUACAUUUAAGGAACGCACUAUUUUCGGAGACACCCUGUAUACAUAUUUCUAAAUAGAACAAAUUCAUUGACAUCACAUUUGAUACAUUAUAUAAUUCGUUUUGAUAUGCACUUACACAACAACAAUUUGGCUCUUUGCAUCUAUAUUUCAGAAGACUUUGCAUAUGUAACUAACUUAAACGUAGAAAAUAACUUUAAAACCUCUAAAAGUAUCAAAAAAUAGAAGAAAAGGACUGACAUAAUAUGUUCUCUAGCUGAUUUAUUUAAAAUUUUCCUAUUCUAUUGUUUUAUUAUAAAUGGGUAAUAUAAUAACAGCCCCCUGUAUGAUAAUAUUAAUUUGAACCAACCAUUUCUGUUGUAGUCUCUCUUUUAGGAAAGUCUGAUAUGCAAAUAACUUUUAAUAUACAGACUAAACUUUUUACAUAUGUGUGUGAUCUCUCUCUAUUUUAUUAUUUUUUUAUAUAUGUAUUUAAUAUAUGUAUGUAAAUACUCCUUAAUGUACUUGAAUACUUAUUUAUUUAUACUUGAUUUGUGAUAUCUUUAAAUCUUAUUCUGAUUUAAUAUAUUGUGAUUAUAACCGAAGAUGUUAAGUGGAACUGUAUAACGUAUUUUCGAUCUAAAGCAGAACAUUUUGAUAUUGUUUAUAUUUACUACUUAAGAGAUUCAACAAAAAUUCAAUGUUGUUAUAUAAUUGAAUGUUUUAUACAGGGUGUUUCAUUGGGAAAGUAACAUACGUUAACUAUAGAAAUAGGACACUAGGCGGUCUCAAAAAUAUCAUACCUAAUGGAUCCUACUUCAUUAAUAACAAAGAUACUGGGUGUUUGAUUUAUUUUGCCAUUUUCUUAUUUGGUUCAUAACUUUUUAACCACACUGUAUAUUUAUUUUAUAUUUGGCACGCAAAUAUUCUUCAAGGUGUACAAUCAAUUAAUUUAUUUACAAUUGUAAAAAAUCCAGGUCCGGAUUAAAAAAUAUUGGAAAAAUGUUCCUUCCCAAAAACAACACCCUGUACAUUAAAUUUUUUUAAAUGGAUUUAGCAUUUGAAAAGAGGAUGAAAAACUAAAGUUAGUGGUAUACGUUGAAUUUUCGGCAAAAUGAUUUUUCUGGUAAAAUUUUGAAUUUGAAUUCUGAAAUUAUGAGAAUUGCGAGAGCUCGAAGUAGAAAAAAAAAUAAAAUACGACUUAAAACUUGUUAAACACACUGUAUAUUUAUUUUAUAUUUAACACCAAAUAUUAUUUGAUCAAUUAAUUUAUUUACAAUUAUAAAAAAAUCCAGGGCCGGAUUAAAAAAUAUUGGAAAAAUGUUCCGACCCAAAAAACACCCUGUACAUUAAUUUUUUUUAAAUGGAUUUUGCAUUUAAAAGAGGAUGAAAAACUAAAUUUAGUGGUAUACUUUGAAUUUUCGGCAAAAUGAUUUUUCUGGUAAAAUUUUGAAUUUGAAUCCUGAAAUUAUGCGAAUUGCGAGAGCUCGAAGUAAAAAAAUUAAAAUAUAACAUAAUUUUAAUUUAAAUUUAAUUUUAAUUUUAAUUUAAUCCAAAUUGGUAAAAUGUUAACAUUUCAGUGUAAAUAAUAAAAAGUCCACAAAAAAUACAUAACUUUAAUCAACGAACUAUAAAUAAAAAAAAAUUCCAAAAAAUAACUUACAAACUAUAGUAAUUGUUCAAAAUGGCCACCAUCUUGUUGAAGACAAAGUCUUGCUCUUUCUUCAUUCUAUUCUUCCCUACUAUUUAUUUCCUCGUUAUAAACUUUGGAUUUUAGAUAUCCAAAAGUUAUUUUUUUAGCAAUUAUUUUUCUGUUUUUUUUUAAUUUUUAAGAUAGUUCGUUGAUUAAAAUUAUGUAUUUUUUAUGGACUCUUUAUUAUUUAUUCGUUAAUUAAUAUUUGUUAUGAAUUAUUUGUCGCCAGAAUGAAAAAAUACCAAAAUGUUAACAUUUUAUUAAUUUAGAUUAAUUAAUAAUGGUAUUAAUUAGAAUUAAGUCACAUUUUAAUUUUUUUACUUCGAGCUCUCGCAAUUCACAUAAUUUCAGAAUUCAAAUUAAAAAUUUUACCCGAAAAAUCAUUUUGCCGAAAAUUCAAGUAUACCACUAAAUUUAAUUUUUCAUCGCUUUUUCAAAUAUAAAAUCCAUUUUAAAAAAAUGAAUGCACAGGGUGUUUUUUGGGUAGGAACAUUUUUCCAAUAUUGUUUAAUCCGGCUCUGGAUUUUUUAUAAUUGUGAAUAAAUUAAAUGAUUGGACACCUUAAAUAAUAUUCAGUAUUAAAUAUAAAAUAAAUAUAUACAGUGUGGUUAACAAGUUGUAAGUCAUAUUUCAAUUUUUUUUCUACUUCGAGCUUUCGAAAUUCACAUAAUUUCAGAAUUCAAAUUCAAAAUUUGACCAGAAAAAUCAUUUUGCCGACAAUUCAAAGUAUACCACCAAAUUUAGUUUUUCAUCCUUUUUCAAAUGCAAAAUCUAUUUAAAAAAAAUAAUGUACAGGGUGUUGUUUUUGGGUAGGAACAUUUUUCAUAUAUUUUUUAAUCCGGACCUGGAUUUUUUACAAUUUUAAAUAAAUUAAUUGAUUGUACACCUUAAAUAAUAUUUGCGUGCCAAAUAUAAAAUAAAUAUACAGUGUGGUUAAAAAGUUAUGAACCAAAUAAAAAAUGGCAAAAUAGAUAAAACACCCAGUAUCUUUGUUAUUAAUGAAGUAAGACUUAGUAAGUAUGGUAUUUUUGAGACCGGCUAAGUGUCCUCUUUCUACAGUUAACGUAUGUUACUUUCCCAAUGAAACACCCUGUAUCAUUUUGAAUAAACGUAUCUUAAAGAAAUAUAA